AUGGCAAUGAUUAUUAAGUUCUUUCUCACGACGUGCCUAUUGGCGACUGGCGCAGUGGCCAACACGGCAGACGGGUCAUUUUGCAACAGUACAGUAGGGAAUGCCACUUAUCUGAACUCUAGGGCACCAGUCGAACGUCGAGUAGAGGAUCUACUCAGCCACAUGUGUUGGGAAGAAAAAAUCGGCCAACUUGGUGGUAUCGGUGGAACUCUUGAAAUGAACAGCACCUACAAUGCCACCAAGUAUCGGGAUCUUGCUGUCCUGCACAACGGAACAAUUUCUCCUGGAUCAUACCUGAACUACGCGGAGGCAAUUCCUGUUCUGUCGAGCCUCAUUGUGAAGUCCAAGGAGGAACAUAGGCUGGGCAUUCCCUUUGUUAACAUUGGAGAUGGAGUCAACGGUAUCACUCUACUAGGCACAUCGUUAUUCCCGGCGACGCUUUCUAUGGCAACGGCCUGGAAUUUUGAGCUUUACAAAGAUGUCGUCAGAGCACUUCGAGAGGAAUUUCACGCUGCCGGCAUCAACUGGAUCCUCUCACCAGAGGUCGAUCCCGCUCGUGAUCCACGCAACGGACGAGUUGGCGAGAUGUAUGGUGAAGACCCAUGGAUGAAUGGGGAGUACGGUGCGGCAUUUGUCGAAAUCAUGCAGGAGAAGGAUGACGCUGGCUUCAUGAAAGUUGCAACUACUGUGAAGCACUAUGUUUACGGCACAAGUGUAGGCGGUGUCAAUCAGGCUUCGAUGUGGGGUGGCGCCAAUCAUAUUUACAACACCUUAGCUCUUCCUUACAUCAACAUCCUGAGAAGGAAAAACCUGAAGCCCGCGUCAGUCAUGCCCUCCUACUCCACAAUUGACGGGAUUCCAGCCCACUCGAACCGAUAUCUACUGCAGGACCUUCUUCGUAAGGAGUACAAGUUUGAUGGGGUAAUCGUAUCUGACGCUGAUGCAAUCAACAUGAUCUGGAACACCCACAAAACUGCGCGGGACCGCAGUGACGCGGCGAUUCAAUCAUUGAAUGCCGGGGUGGAGCUCGAGCUGGCCAUUGGGUUCCCGUCUGCCUUCGAAAGCCUAGCAGAGAACAAGACAGUGGACUCGGUGGUGCAAGACGUGAACUCGGCGGUUCGACGCCUGCUGAAGCUUAAGUUUGAGCUGGGAAUCUUUGACAAAGACCUAGCGGUAAAUAAGACAGCUCUCACCAAAGUGCUGAGAUCCGACAAACACCUUAGGAUUAACGAGCAGAUCAGCCAAGAGUCCAUUGUUUUACUCAAGAACGACGGGAUUCUUCCCUUGACUUCGCCGCCUAAAAUCGCCGUUCUGGGCCCGUACGCCGACAUCAUCAACCCUGGCACGUACGGCGCUUGGACAAAUGCUGACAACCACAACCUGACGUUCCUGGAUGCCGCCAAGGAUCAGUUCGGAGCUAACAACGUCGUUCAUGUUCGUGGCUGCGAUUUCAUUGAGAAGGAGGGUGCCGAUAUCGAAUCUGCUGUUAGUGCAGCCAAGGAAGCUGGGUUGGCCGUUAUUGUGCUUGGUGCUCUUGCAGUGGGCUGGGAGGACCCCUUACGUGGAAAAACCACUGAUGGUGAGGGCAACACCCACGCAUCUUUGAAGCUGCCGGGCUUGCAAGAGAAGCUUCUUUCCGAUGUCCUGGCCUCGGGAGUUCCAACCAUUCUCAUCUUGACCGGAGGUCAGCCGUUUGAGCUGCAGGGAGUGGCCCAAUCCGCAAAGGCCAUCAUUCACACAUUCCUACAUGGCGAGUUUACAGGCCGCUCCACCGUUGACAUCCUUACAGGAAAGGUCAACCCUAGUGGCAAGUUGACCAUCACCUUCCCCUACAGUUCAGAGCUGAAUCCCGUUUACUACGACCAUUUGGUGAGCGAUUGGCAGGGCGCCAACGCGAUGCAAUGGCCUGCAAUUGCCGAGAACUAUCUUUAUCCUUUCGGAUAUGGACUGAGCUACACAACCUUUAACAUAAGCAAUGCGGCUGUUGAUCGCGCUACAUACGGCAAAGGAGACAACAUCAAGCUGACGGUGGAGGUGCGCAACACUGGAGAAUCCCAGGGUAAGGAAGUAGUGCAGGUUUACUUCCAACAAGCUUAUGGCCGAAUUUCCCUUCCGACCAAACGUCUCAUCCGAUUUUCCAAGGUGGAAAUAGCCUCAGGAGAGACAUCCCAAGUUACCUUUGAGAUUCCUGUGCAGGAGCUUGGCUACUGGUAUGACGGAGAAUAUCAGCUGGAUACUGGUUCGUUUACCUUCUGGGUUGGUAACAGUUCCGCAGAUAGUUCACUGUCUAGCCCCUUGGCAGUGAAAGUGGAAUGA